UUCAACUUAAUAUUCGAUACUUGAUCUUCGCCACCGCGAGACAGUUAACAAGUUGCGUGCAAACAAACACGCCGGCAGUGUAACAAAUAGCAAAAUAGUUUGUGUUCAAAUAAACAAAGAUAAUAAUAAUAAUGGAUAUGAAAAUUGUAUUAUUAAUUAUUGCCGCGUCUAUUGCUAGCGCGUACGGGGAAGCACCAACAAACUACGAUUUAAGCAGAAACAAAGUUAACGUCGGUGAGUUUGACGGAGGCUACGGUCACUACCAGCCGGGACACUAUCCGUACCCCAGCGGGCCGGGGUACAAUAACCCAGGUUACUACCCCAACCAGGGGUUGCAGGGACCCCCCGGGGCGCAUCCGGGGUGCCCCCUGUGCGACUCGUCAGUCUACAGCUACUGCUCGAAGAAACAAGCGCAUGAUGCGUGCUGUUGUGGAAACAGUUUCAACUCGCCGUACUGUUAUAAAACAAACUGCAAAUUCCUGUACGCGAAUACUUGCGAAGAACACUUCCUGAUCUCAAACUGCUGCUGUGUGGACUUAUACAAAGACGCCGGACAGAUCCAGCCAGUGGCCGUUGCUGUAUAAUAUCUACAUUAUAAUUAUAAUUAAUAAUUCAUUAACUUUAUAGUAAAUAAUAUUUAACCGCUGUUUGUAUAACGCACAUGACGCCGCGGUAGUAGUAAGGCUAUCGCCACAUUAUGCCUCGAACGCUGAAGAUCGACGACCGAACGGUCUACAUUGCAAUUCCAAAAUCUUACAUCUCGACUCACAGUAUUGGAUUAUCGAUGAAAUAAUAAGCAAAUGGCUAACCAGUAAUACGUUGGUAUUUCCAAAUAUAAUUAAUAUGAUUGCUUGUGAAGACGACACGAUAAAAUCAGUAAAAAUAUGGAAAUGGCAUUAGUGCGACGUUUCGGGCAACGUAGUUACCGAUCUUCCGUAUAGUCUGACUGUGAGAAGAAAAUUGUAUGCAAUUUGAUGUAUUACUGUCAUAAGAAUAAAUGAUAAAUAAAAAUAAUUGGCGAUCCGUCGCGGAUGAUCGGCAACUGAAAAUCGGCUUAAUGUGGCACUUAGCUUUACAAUGGAAAUUUUGUCCUUACGAACAGUACCUCGUCUGCUCGGAAUUAUAAUAGGUACAAUUGAAUUAAAUACCUAGUUUUAGAUAUUACUUAAUAAUAAAAUAAUUAGACCAAACC